CUACUCAUCAUGGUCAAAGCUUAGCAUUCUGUGAAAGCUCUGCUUCUGAUUACGAUGAAGUGGAAGAUGAUGAUGAUCUCAUUGAGAUAAGUCUUCCUCCAAAUGAGAGCUCUGUUUAUGUCGAUGAAGUGUCAUCCAUAGGAAUGCUGUCGUGGGGAAAGUCGGGUUUCUCGAAUGAAUUCGUCAUUAGAGAAGAAGAAGAAGAAGAAGAAGAAGAAGAAGAAGAAGAAGAAGGGAUGAUGGAGGUGGUGGAAGAGAUUGAUGAGGUGAAUGAAGAAGAUAACUUGAUUGAGAUUGACCUCUCAAUUGGGUCCAUAAAGUUUCCCAGCUUUGACAUGGAAGGCUGAUAUGUGACAAGAAGUUAAUGGAAUGCAAGUUGUGGGUUCUUCCUUUCAUGUGGAAGAUGUUGAAUAGCCAAGGCUUUAAGCUGUCCUGCUGUUUUUCUCUCUUUCAAGUGCUUGUAUUCUGAAUCUCCAGCAAUUUUGAUUUAGCUCAGAAGAAGAAGAAAAAACUACACAGAGAUCAUCUGUGGUCUGGUUCACCUUUGAAUCCCCAAUCUCAGAACCACAUUCUUUAAUACUGAAAGAGGGUCCAACAUUCCAUUCAUUACCAUGGAAACAGCUUGAAUUACUUUCAAAUAAUUCCAUCAUCAGCAAGCAAUCACCCUCCAAUAGAGUGGCAGUGUCAAGCUCACACAACGGCAUUACAUAUCCAAAUGAAACCUGCUGCCUGCACCGUCUCAAUAAGUUAAUGACUAAGAACAUUAGACCAAGCUUUCAAGCUUCCAGCAUCUGCCAAAAGCUCCGAAAUAGACCUGAACCUCAGCUGAUUUCCAAGAACUCUAUUACUCUAAGCCAGCUGCAGUUGGUAUCAAACCAUGCUCAGAUAGAUACUGAUCAUAGCAGAAUUUACUCAAAAUGUCUCAUCCCAAUGUCACAAAGAAAGGUUACAAUGGUGUGACCAGGGCCAAGCGACUGCGCCACUCUAACAGCACCAACACAGUUCAUGGCUGACGAGCUCCCAACAAAUAGACCGUAGUUCUUCAGAAGAAACCUACAAGAUCGAUAAUGUUUGACACGAAUGACAAUUUAGUCCCCAGCAAACAAGUAUAGCUGUACUUUCAGAGUAACGAAAAAAUAUAGAAAGCACUAACCUUGACAUUUCGACAGCUUCCUCAUCACUGCCUCGAAAUGCACCAUCAAGUUCAGCCAUCAGAAAAGUUCUGCGUCAAUCUAUUGAUCCCUAUCUAUCCCUUCGGUUAUGGUAUCAAAUGGGUUCUUCAGCCUAUUCAUCAUCAAUCAGUGAAUCUAUCAUAAACUCACAUGACACAUGAGUGACAGCGGAGCCUUCGUCUCCUGUACCAAGGGUGCCUCCGGGAACACCAAGAAGGUGGUACUGGGAUUCGAACCUGGGACUUUGUCACAUCUCAAACUCGAAACCCAACACUUUUACCAACUAGGCUGUCUUACCAUCGGCGGUGAUGAAGUCUGCUGGUUACUCUUGAUAUUCAAUAACAAAUCGUCUGUUUGCACCAAAUUUAUAUCUCAAUAAUUGGCUAAAUUACAUGUUUGGUCACUCAAAUUAUACAAAAUUUUCACAUUUGGCACCCGAAUUACUUUUCUUUCUUAUUCGCCACUAACUUUACGAAUAGUUUCACCGUUAGUCACCGGCCGUUACACUCCGUUAAUUUGUCCUACGUGGCAAUCAACUAUAAGGUUUGACCGUUAACUAGAUGACGGAAAAAAUCCAAAGGUACCACUGUUUAAAAAAAAAAUUCCAAAAAUACCACCCAAUCCCAAAAAAUUCCAAAAAUACCAACCUUUUUCAAAAACCGCCACCCCACCCUGCGGUUUACACGAAAACCGUUUGUCGGGGGCGCGGUUAUAAAUUUUUUUUUUUUGGACCAAACCGCUGGGUGGGGUGGCGGUUUGACCCAAAACCGCCACCCCACCCAGCGGUUUGGUCCAAAAUUUUUUUUUUCGAUCAACUACUAACUUCGGCCGAAACUUCAAACGAACGUAACUUUGCACUCGGGUAUCCGAUCGAUGCGAUUCUUUUUUUCAUUUCGCAUAACUUUUCAAGAUCUAUAACUUUUAGUAGGAUAAAAUUUUCAAAAAUGG